ACGGCAACGCUGCUGUGUGCGCUGUGCGUAUUCGUAUUUUGUUCGUAUUUUACUUUCUUCAUCUUGUUUCUUGUUUGACAACACAAUAUAGGAGAAGCGAGUGAGUCUCGAAAAAUUAUAAAUAAAGUAUCACCAAAUUUACUUUAGAAUAUAUAUCGAAUUUUUAGUCGAACUAUAUAGAAUAAUAAAAAACCCUUUCUAAAAGUCUACUGCUAAGGCAUUUCAAUCCUUGACUAUGAAAAUGCCUGGUAAUCAAACUGCUGACAACGGUUUAUAUGAUUAUGAGGAUAAUUCCUACUUUUCAGAAGGAAUCGAGAACAAUGUGGUGGAAGACUUCAAUACGGCCCCUGAAACUGAUUUUUCCGAAUACCUGUGGAUGGAACACGAGGAAGAGUUUGAUAAAGAGGUCAUGCAAAGAUUGGAAGAAGAAGCAUUAAUGGAAGAAUGUCUUGAAGCAUUUAUGAAUGAAGAGAAUAACUCUCCUAAUACUGCUAAUCAACAAAGUGUUCCAACAUCUACGGACAACGUUGCAAACUCAAAGUUGAAUCCUGAGGCCGCAGAAUUCGUACCUUCGAGCAGAAGGGUUCCGCAAGAGGUACCGACAUCGACUUCGUCUUAAUCUAAUUAUUAGAAUUAGAUCUCAAGUACUGUAUAUAAGAGAACUUAUUUUCCCUUUAGAAAGUUUUUGCUUUAAUUUGUGGGACAACUCAAGAAUGCGAUCUUAUAAAGCUUUAUCUUAUCAUUUUUUAUGGAAACGAUUUUGGUUAUUUUAAUUUUUUUAUUUGUUCUCGAAGAUCAUUUAUGGUUUAGUUUUAAUAUUUAUUUUGUCCCUUACUUUUAUUAAUUUCGUAUAUAUAAGUGUUGGUUUUACUUUGUCUUGACGUUUUUUCUCAGGAAUCUUUUUUUGUUUCUUUUUUUAGAAAAGGCUUGCUCUGUACAUAAUAUAAAUAGAGUGACAAAGUCCAAUAACUUGUUUGUCGUACUAAAUAAUAAAAUAUGUAUUUCGAAAUACUGUAGAGAAUCUUAAGACACACCUUUUAAAAUGAUUGUUAAAUGUAGAGUAUUCUAUAAAUUCAGGCAAGCACAUAUAUUCAUUUUUAAACUGAAUUAACCCUGCUAGUUUGCAAAAAUAAAUAUAAAAAAUAUAUAAACCGAAAUAAAAAGAACUGUAAACUUGAAUAACAUCAAAAUCGGAACAUAGUAUACCUUAUUCUCAAAAAAAAGAAAAGCUUAAAAUAGGUAGGAUAAAUUGAAUGUUUUAAUUUGUAGUGAUUGGGCGUAUACAUUCUGUCAAAAUGAGUCUCACCAAAUUUAAACAUUAGCUGACGAUUGGCAUACGAUUUUAAACGGUUUACUUAUCUUUAUCUUAAUUAUAAUAAAAUAAGACCAUGAAAAUCGUAUUAAAAAUAAAAUGUUUUCAAAACCCAUACUCCCAGUCCUCACUAAUAAAAGGGGGAAAAGCUCUGCUGAAUUUCAGCUCUUAACUCUUAAUUUCUAUUUGUCUAGUUGAAAGAAUUUUUGGUGAAUGUUGGAAUUUGGUGAGACUCUUUUUUGGCUGAAUGUAUAACCCCAAUCACUGUAAAUUAAAAAGUUCAAUUUAUCCUAUUUUAAGCAUUUCUGUACUAUGUCUUAAUACUCAAAUGAUAUAAAUAACUUAAAUGCGUAAUAAUAUGCAAAACACUGCUAUUAAAUAAAAACAGCAAAAAUAGACAGUUAUUCGGCUCUGUACAUAAGCAAUAAUAAGCGUUACUGCAUUCCAAAUAUUUUGUGAAACCAGUUGUCUAUAACAGUGUCUCGAAAAAGAAAUCUCAAUAUUUUUUAGCAAAAAAAUAAUGGUUUCACAUAUAUUGAUUCGUUUCGAAAAUAUUGUUCUUGAGAAAAAACAAACAUUGAAAUCAAAACUGCCAACACAAAUCUUUAAUGAGCAUUCAAGUGAUUGAAAAAUACUCUUCAAGUUGUAUAUUUUCUGGUAAGAUCUACAUAAUUAACUACAUGUAACAUAGUCUGUGAUACUGUACCAUUCUGUCACCGGUAAUUAAGAAGAUCUUAUCUGAAGAUCAGUAAUUUUCAAGUUCAAACUGUAUGUAGAUUUUUUUCUCAUAGGAAAUUAGAUAAAAAUAAGUUAUUUAAUUAUUUAUAAGUCAAAUGUAUAUCUUGUUAAUUAUAUAAAGGGUGACAAUAAAGUAUUGCUAUUGAGGGGCUUCCACACUAGGACUAGAAGUCAAAAGUAAAAUUAGUUUCGGGUAUUUAUAAAAAUAUUUCGUUCUUCCAGAAAUUUGUGCAAUUUGAUUCUCAAAAAAAGUUCUUCCAAAUUUUGUCUUGUGCAUGUGUGAAACAAAAAUUCUACCUAUUUCAGAGACAUGCAAGACAUUUUCCUCUUCUAUACAAAAUUCUUGUAAUAGCUUCUGAUUUUGAUGUUAAAAUUUAGAAAAUAUUCUGUGCCACCGAACGUUUACUUUGUCCUAUUGGGAUAGAUACAAGAAUAUAUUUUUUUAUUACUUUUGUUGAAAUGUAGGAUCCAUUCAAUAUAGUAGGAAUCCCCAAAUUAUAAGUCGUGCUUAUCUUAAAAAAAAAAUGUGGUUAAAUUCACUUGUAGAUGAUUUUGCACUGUCAUUAGAAUUAUUACAUACGACACCUUAAAUAAUUAUAAUCACAAAUGUCGUGCAUUUCUUCAUUUAACCUCUACAAAACAUACUGAAAGAUAUUAAAAUAAAUGUUGAUAAGUAAAAAUAAAAAUAUGAAUAAUUAUGAUGUUAGGUAAUUAAAUUUUCUUGGUAGGUAUUCUGUGAGAGGAAAUAUAUAAUAAAUAAUACAACUUGACGUUACAUUUAGAAAAAAAAAAGUUAUUUGGCAACUUGUGAAUUUGGCCUAUGUAUAGUAGGCAUUUAUUAUCAAAAAAAAUUAUUAGCAAUAAUUAUGUUAUUAAGUACAUCUUCACAAAAUCAUGUUUUGAUAAUUCCUACUUUUCUAGCUCCAAAAUUUUCUGAUUUUAAAUUUCUCUGACUUUUUCGUUUUUACAACAACAGGUACUAAUUAAUCUGCUAAUUUUGAAAAUGUUUUAGAUUUAGAAAUGUCGGACAUAAAAUAAUUAGCGAAACAAUCGUUUACUUUUUCGGGCGUGAGAAAAGGUAAACCAAAUAAAUGUUGCAUCCAUUUUCCAUGCUCUGUAUUACUUUUAUCAAGAUUUAUUGAAUCCAAGUUUUGAAUUUUUCUAUACCAGCUUUGUGCAAAAUAGAAUCGACUACCAAACAUUUUUGGGUUGCCUAGAGAUAACAGGAGAUGUAGCUAUUAAUGAUAAAAUAUAUAAUGCAUGAUGCCAACAUUAAUUCGACAGUCAAUACGCAUUUUUUUAGUAAUGAAUAUAUAUGUAAGCCAGGUGUAAGUGCUUGUGCGCUUAUAAUAGAAAACGUAAAAAUGCAAUGCAGUACAAUUUGAAACAAUUUUGUUUGAUGAAUUGAAAACAGGAGAUUGACUUUAAGUUUUUUAAAGUUAUGUAGGUACUACUUUAUUGUCUCCUAAUAUAUAUUUUUUAAACUCUGAACUUGAAAACUUCUAUAAUAUUUACAAAUCAUUGUUGUAUAAGUGUUUAUUGGAAUGGAAGCAACUAACAAAUAUAUAUAUAAUUUCUGAAACUUACUUAGUUGAUAAGAUUUUAGACUCAGGGUUACUUUACUUAUUUUCUUUUUUAUUCUAGCUGUAUUCAGCAUAUUAAAUCUGUUGUAAUUGAACUAGUAAAAAAAUUGGUGUUAGAAGAAUAUUUAUUUUCAUUUUCUAUUAUUCCUUUCAAUAAACAUUAAAAUAUUUUCAUAAAUCAAUAUGCAGUGUGUCAUUUUUUUUUUUUAUUAUAAUGACUUUUGAUGAUUGCUUUUCAUGUUUCGUAUUAGACAAUUAUAGCCUAAAUACCUAGAUAAAAUAACUUAAAUUAUUCCUUUUUACCAAUUAUCAAUAAAUUAUACUAAAAAUGUAAAUUUGGUGGUUAUACUUUAAAAAUAUGCUUUUUAUUUUAGUUCUGCAUAAAUAAGAUAAAUAUAAAUUGACAGAAGUUAAUUUGUCUUGCUUAGUGCGAGCAAAAAUGAUUAAGGCCACAGUAGCAAACUUCAGUAUCUACCUUUCCUGUUAUUCGACAGUUUCGCAUUACUCAUGCGCGAAAAGAGCGUGGGAAUAUUGAAUCUAGUAAUUUUCUGGCUUGGCUACGACGAUUACCCAAGGGCAUCGUUAAUUUAAACAACUGUCAUCUAGUCUAUAUAUUAGAGAAGCCAGUGAUAUUUUUUUGGUACACAUUUGAACAAUUAUAAAUGUAUCGUUAACUCUUAUCUCGUAGAGCAUGAAAAUACUUUGAUGCAGACGCACCAGCUAUGGAGCGCUCAAUGACGGCGUCUUCAAAAAACCAAUAUAGAAAAUAAGAAUAAAAAAUGUUGCUGCCAUAUUAGCGGUGGAAAACCUUCAAGUUUUUAAAAAUAAAAUUAUUAUAAUAUGUUGUAUUCUUGCAAGGCUCAUUUUGUUAUGUGAUAGAAUAAAAUAUUAAUGAAAAUUUGAAAUUCCCUGUCAGCAAGCAAGAAGGCACUGUGAAUCGAAUUUCAUGAAAGUGACAGCAAACUUUGUUCUAUUAGCUUUUGAUGUAAAUAAUAUCUGAAAGUUUCAAGCUUGCUCUUCUAUGGCAGCAUUUUGUACACAGGCUUUUCUAAGACGUCUUCGUCGAGGGCUCCAUUGCUGCAGGGACUGCAGCAAAAAGUUUUUUAUGUUUUACAAGGUAAGAAUAAAUGAAAUGUUUGUAAUUUUGCCUUUCGCAAAUAACACACGUAAAAGUGCCAUUGGCUCCCCACAAAUAAUAUCAAACGCAGAAACUAAUAAAAUUCAGGGUAGGAUACGUAACAACAAAUUUUGAUGAUUUUAAGAGAAAUAAGGAUAUGCGUAUGAAUAAUAGAGAUCAAUAUAACGGGAAAGGUUUAUUGCUAACGAUAACUAAUUUUGAUGUAUGUCAUGCAUAUUAAUUUAAGAGAUAGAGCAAUAUUCUAUUCAUUAUUAAUCCGGUCCUGAUCGACAUGGCAGCACUGUCUUAAAAUCUUGUUUUUUGUAGUUAAACGAAAUUUCUAUGAGAAACUCUGCACGUGUUCCAUCGCCUGACGAGUCCUAGAAGUUUUCGGUUUUUUUUUAAUAAUAUGAGCUUUAUAGGAUUUCGGUUCUCAGCUCAUGUCAGUAAAUAAUAAUAAUAAUAAUAAUAUUUCGUUGUCAAAUGAUUGAAUGAAGCAUAUACUCCGUCUCACAAGUAGAAGCAAUGAGCAAACGUGGUCUAAUGGAUAAGUCGUCGGCUGUUGAAACAAGGGAUUGUUCGAUACCCUGCAAUGUUUGUUCAUUACGUUUUAUCAUAAUAGUCAUAUGUUGUCUAUACUGUAUGAUUUUUUAUGUAGUUUUAGUUACUUUUUUAGACUAAUUUUAAAUUAAUGGUAUUAAAUAUUUUCAAAAUGUUAGUAACGACACUUAUCUCCAUUCAUUCAUUUGACAAGAAGUUGUGCAAACGCAAAUUGCUAGGACUUAUUACUAUUUCAAAAAAUCUGACCGUAUUCUGAAUCGAGUAAAAAAAAUCUGUUUUUGCAUAAACCUAUUUGAUCAAUUUUCCUAAUUUUUUGUAGGUUAAUGCCAAAAGAAUUCAUAAAAAAAAAUAAAAACAAAUCAAUUUUGCGCAUAUAUGUAGAAAAAUCGUAGAUUCCAACUAUUUUAAUUAAAAAGUUCUUUUACUCCCACUAGGGUACGUGGCAAAUCAGGUCCAGAAAUUAAAAUUUUAUCUCCUCUGUAAAUGUGAAUAUUGUUAUGAUAAAAUUAAACAAUGAAAAAAAGAAAACAAAGCAAAAAAGAUCGUAUGUGCCGAGACUCGAACUCACAAUUCCUUGAUUCAGUAGCCGACGCCUUAUUCAUUAGACCACAUUCGCUCGAUGCUUGUAUUUCCGAUACUGUAUACGGGUUGUCCCAUUAGUGCGUAAUUGCUUGAUAGAUUAAUUUGUGUUAUAAACACACAGACAAGUUUCAAAUUAAAGUUAUACUGAUUUGAAAGGGCAUGUUUUAAAAAUAUUUUUGGACAUACAGGAUAUUACGAUUUUGCCUGGCAAAUAAAAAUUUAUAUUUUUUUAAAUGGAAGACUAUUUUAUUUCAGUUUUAGAAUGGUCUGGUAAUAUUGUAUGCAACACUAAAUUAUUUUUGAAAAAUAUUACAGGUUUGCCAAGCAAUUAUUUUUUUUGUGAAAUUAAAGAAUGAUGCAGACCGAAAAUAAAAUUAUCAUAAUUUAGGUAGGUUUCCAUGAUUUCAAAAUUGUUUAAAAUGCAGACUUAUAAGAUAGAAACCUAACGAAUAGUGACGAUAGAACUGGUUCAUUUUAUACAGAAUGUUUUGAAACAUGUAAUAAAUAUGGCUCUUUUUAAGUUCAAUGUAUUCAAGUUUUUUAAAUGCAAUACCGUGUAUACUAUUUUAGCAUUAAAUUCGUUAUGAAUUUACCUAUCCAACGAUACCAACAUAUCCCAUCAGAGCAUAAUUGAUCGAUAGCUUUAUUAUUGGAGAUACACUUUUAAUACAAAAAUUGUACGACCGUAUUAUACAAUUAUUCCUAAAUAUACAGGGUAGUCCAUAAAUGAGGGGCUAACCAAAUUUAUAGUUUUUUUAGAUCAAACAAUCUGGACAACAGAGUUCGUUGUUAAAGUGAUCUUAAAAUUAGCCAUAUUUAAGACAUGUUUCAAAACGAACCAAUUCAAUCACCAAUAUUUGUUUGUUUGGUAUCUUAUAAGUCUGUAUUUUAAGCAAUUUUGAAAUCAUUGCUAACCUACUUAAAUUAUGGUAAUUUUAUUUGGGGGCUGCAUCAUUCUUUAAUUUCACAAAAAAAAUUAAUGGCUGGGCAACCCUGUAUUAUUUUUUAAAUACAUUCUAGGAUUAAAUACAGCAUUACUAGAUCAUUUUAAAAUAAAAUAUAGGGUGUCCUAUUUAAUUAAAAAAUAUAUUUUUAUUUGCCAGGCAAAAACGUAACACCGUGUAUAUCCAAAAAUAUUUAUAAAAUAUCUUUAAAAUCCAUUUAACUUUUAUUUGAAACGGCGUGUCUAUAACACAAAUUAUUGAAAUAUCGAGUAAUUACACACUAAUGGGACAUACUAUAUAUAUGGUAGUCUUCCUGUGGCAUUUAUUUAAAAAUCGAUGUACUAAGAAAUUACAGGAAUUAAUAGAAAAUCUCUACUUUGACCGUAUGACAUAAAAAAUUCUCAAAUAUUUCUUAACCAUAAUGUUUCCUUGAUUAGAAAAAUAUGUAGAGUAAAUUCUACUUUUUAGUUCUGGUUUUUAAAAUCACUUUUAUGGUUUUGUUUAAUUGAAGGGACGACAAAAAAAAGGUCGAAGAUUUUAUUCUUUGAACCUUUCACCUUAAGCUCUUACAAAAUUAUUUGCAUACAUUUAGCAGAAUUAAAACUUAGUUACAACCAACCCUUGUUUCUUAUAGCUAAAAUACAGUGAAACUGCGGCCUUAAUAUGUAUAGAGCACAAUGAAAAUUCCCAUACACACUGCAUAUUGAACGGAUAACUAUAAUGCGGCAAGAACUAAUAUGUAUUAAUUGAUAGAUAUGUUAUAAUAUGCACAUAAAAGAUUAUUUACAUGAAUUUAACCUGUCAGAUUUUAUAUUUAAAAAUUAAUUUGUAUGUAUAGAGAAGAAAUCUUGAAAAUGAAGUUAUCAUUGUGAAAAGUAUAUUUACCGCCGGUUACUUAUAAAUAUUGUACAUUGUGUGAUAAUAUUUAUUUAUGUAUAUUUUUUAUUGUAAUUGUAAAUAUUCAUAUUGUUAUCGUAUUUUUUAAUGUUGUUUCGACUCUGGCAGGUAAAAUUUAUAAUAAACACUUGGUUGUAUACAAAGAAACGAAAAAACAAUUCCCCAUUAUAUUAUAAAAAAAUAAUUAUAUGAUUAUAUGAUUCGUUAAUACAGCAAUAACCAAAAAUUCUGAACCACAUGGAAAACUUUUAAUUUAUUUAUUUCCAGCCAUCAGCUUUCGUUAUAUGGAAGUAGAAAUAAAUAUAUUUAAAAUAAUCUCAAUAUUGUACAAAAUAUCUGUAUGUAGCACAUACUAAUGCACGGCUGUAGACUAUAACUUAAAAGUUCAAAAUUAUACAGAUUAUUCAAAACGAAGCACAGUACCCAAAAUAAAUUGUUAAUAAUUGAAAAUCGUACUUUCAUAAUAAUAAGAAGGAUAACUCGCAUAAUGAAUACAGAUAAUCUGAUAAAUUGGAGCAAGGAAGCCUGAUAUACUGGUGCCACUAAUGUCUUAAGUUUAAUGUUAUAAAGGCGUCUGAAUUAUAGUUGUAUCCGGAAAUUAGUAAUUGGCAGUAAUUUAAUGUGUGAAGAAUACUGAUAGAGUUGCCAUAUGUGCAAUAUAUGUGAUCACCACUCAAAAAGGCCUGUCCCGUAACCUACGAAGAUAUCACAUAUUUUUGGCGCAAUGAGAGAUGACUGCAUUCUUCACAUAGUCAAAAAAUAGAACUGUACCAGCAGUGGGAUUCUUGUCUUUCAAUAAAUCUUGUGCCGAGAAGCCUAUCUUCGUUCAACAGACUGCGAUCAGAACCGCCGAGAGGACAAUUCUGUACAUCGGGCCCUGUGACAAAAACUUGUCGUUUUCUAAAUAAAAAAAGUCAUCGUCUCGAAGAAAAUACAUUUUCUCCCUACCUCAAUUACUUCUUCUUCUAAAAAAAAAAAAAUCAAUCACAUCACUUCCCCUUUCUCUUGUUAUAUCGAAUUUCUCAUGCAGAAACAGAAAACCCUAUUGUCGGGUCCCCAUUUGGAGCCCGGCCCCCGGGAAUUAGUCCCGCCUACCCCACCCCUCCACUCGGGUCUGACUGCGAUUCUUAUGUAAUGUCUCUCUAUUCAAUACGUAACUUGUCGAGUUCGCACAUAAGAAUCCCUAUGUGUUUCUUGUAUUGCCAUUAGAAAUAUUAAAAUAUUUUCUUCAGCCAAUAUUGAAUUGUAAUGAUUUUCAUUUCAUAUGGCGUAUUUCUUUAACUAAUAUUUUAUAUGGGUACAUAAUUUAAUUAGGUAUUCAAAUUGAUGACCGUUAGAAAAAUAAUAAAAUAUAUACAUUAUCUACACAGGAGACGUACAGUACUGCCCACAAAUAGAAAACGCAAGAGUUUACAUACUGAUUUUCUGUACCAAGUUUUACCGAAAUUAGAGAACAUUUUUUUUAUCAAAAAAUAUUUUAAAUAUUUUUUGAGCUUUUCGUGAAUAAUUCACGGUCUAGAUUGAGCUGAAGUAGUACAUUUAUUGAUUUUUUAUUUAUUUAACAUAAUUUUUACCUACUUAAUUUUGUGAGAAGUGGUCUACUUAUCUUAUUUACAAAAUGGUUGAUUUUAGGACACAACUAUAUAAAUCUUUUUUGCUCCAUUUUGCCAUCUUAAUCACUUGUUAAAUUAUGUGCCUUGUAUAACUUUAAUUAAUUUUUGUAUUGUGGGAUAAUGCAAAUAAAUUGAACAAUGGUAAAAUAAUAAAUUCCAUAUAAAAAUGCUUUAUUCGCAAAAAUACAUGUUUGCUUUUGGACAACAAUCCUGUAUAAUUUUGAUUAAUACAUCAACUUUUAUGUUAUUGUAAUUGUCUCUCCGUGUGAUACAUAAUUUUUGGUACACAUUGUACAUGUAUUUAUUAUGAAUAACUACUUAAUUUCAACACAUUUCUAGAAAAUUUAGGAUAUUUCUAUUAAAUGUUAAUCAGGUGUGUAGGAAAACAAGAUAGAAUUGAAAUUUGAGAUAAGAGGCUUUGUUAAUUUCAAAUAUUUACAUUAAAUUGUGUCAGAUAUUGAUAUAAAUUUUCUUAUUUUAUCCUGGAUGUCUAGUCAAAAAAAACUGCAAUAUGGUCGAAAGUGAAUAAUAUAUUAAUAACACCCUGUGGCGUUGUACCGUCAUUAGGACUUUCUUGGUCCAAUUUUGGGUUGGAUAAUAAAGGCUAUUUUCAAUGAAUCAUCUACCUUUGAUAUUAAGAUACAUUUAUUUAUUUUCAUUUUAUUUCAAUUUGAAAUAAAAUGAUAGAUUAAGUUGCUUCUCAAGAUGCCAUCAACCGAAGUUCUUUAGCCCAUGGCGUUGUAUAUACAUAUGUUAUAUGAACACAUAAUAUUCAAUCUGUCAAGUGAACCUUUACGGUAAAUAGCAAUGAAAUGGUAAAUUUAUUGUUAAUUAUAUGAGAAUUAGUAAAACUUACACAAAUUUUCAAAUCUGUCUAGUUUCCCUAGAAUGAUUGAAACUUGUCAGGAAUCACUCUGUAAUUUAUUUAAUCUAAUUAGGACCACCUUGCAAAAAAAUACGUAGUUCCACUGGGUUUUCAUGGAAUUAAAUAAUAAAUGUAUGUCUACUAAUACAUUUCUUGUAUAAAUAUAGAAAUCUGCAUGUGGUCGCAUACAUUUUCUAGCAUAGUAUACAAAAAAAAGUUACAAAUUUUUGUUGUUUUUCUAAACCGUAUUUUUAUUAAACCAACGUGACAUUAUUUUCCGACAAAUGUUUAAGAGCUUGAUGCAAAAAACCGCUAUUUGAUAUUUUUUUGCAGAUAUAAACGUUUUAAAAAAAUUAAGUUAAAAAGGCCAUCCAUUCUCGGAUGUGAAAUAGUUGUAUAUACAGUGUGUCGCAUUUAAGAUGAAGACACCCCUAAAUUUUGUCUAUCUAAAUAAAUACAGAUUUGAAGUUUCGCACAGUAAUAAAGGGUGAUGGUUCAUAUUUUUUAAGAUACUCAACUGAAAUUUAAAUAUUAAACGCGGCCUACUGCGAAUCCACAAACAGGGUCAAUUUUUGAUAUUUUUCUUCGCGUUGGAGAUAUUAGAAAAAGUUAUUUGAAAAAGUUGUUCAGAAUAUUAUUCUAACCCCACAUACCAAAUUUCAUGACAAAAUUCGCAUUUUUAGUUUUUUAUUAUUUUUGUCAAUACACAAAAUUAUUAAAUGUUUUUUUUUAUUAGAUAAGCUAGUGUGCCAUGGAUAGGAAUAAUUUGAUACUUGUGAAAUCAAUAAUGUCAAUCAUGGCACACUAGUUUAUCGAAUAAAAAAAAUCAACUUUUAAUAAUUUUUUGUGUAUUGACCAAACUAAUAAAAAAACUAAAAAUGCGAAUUUUGUCAUAAAAUUUGGUAUGUUGGGUUAAAAUAAUAUUCGGAACAACUUUUUUAAAUAACUUUUUCUGAUAUCUCGAACGCGAAGAAAAAUAUCAAAAAUUGACCCUGUUUGUGGAUUCGCAGUAGGCCGCGUUUAAAACUUAAAUUUCAGUUGAGUAUCUUGAAAAAUGUGAACCAUCACCCUGUAUGACUGCAAAAUUUCAAAUCUGUAUUUAUUUAGAUAGACAAAAUAUAGGGGUGUCUUCAUAUUAAAUGCGACACACUGUAUAUUGAUAUGGUAUGAAAUGCCCUCAAUUCUUGAAUUUCUAACUCUACUUGGAGUGGGUUUAGUUUCUGACAACAUUAACACAGAUUACUGCCAAAAAGAAAAUUUACAAAUAACAAAAAACUUUUCGUCUGUUUUGCCUCUGCGCCUUCUCUAAUCGGAAUGUGGCAAUCUGUCGAAAGCGGCAACUAACUUUUUGUUCAAUGCACACAAGAUUUGUUCUACGAUCAUACUUUUUCAAGAAAUUCAUGUAAAAACUGAAAAUUGUCGUAAUUAGUGUAUAUGUGUUGCCUAUACCUACGUUAAUCAUGAAAAAAGCAGUUGAUAUUCAAAGUCCAUGUUAACUUAAAUAAUAUAACAAAAUACAUGUAACUACUUACAAAUAACUUGAAAAUAAUUUAUUAAAAAGGAAUAUUGUAUUAUAGCUAAUUUAAAUUAGGCGAGCAACAAAGCUGUCACUUAAUGUCAGUUCGCGGAAAACGUCAACUUUGCGGUUAGAUUUCGAAGCGCAAAAGCCUACUUUGGAUAGUGAUCGUAGAAAAAUAUAAUUUUAACAUAUACAAAUUCAUGACAUAUCAUUUUGCACCCCAGAAAUAUACAUAUUAAAAUUCCCCCAAUGUCGUAUUACAAUAGUUCUAUUCUAGUGAAUAAAACUAUUGAAUGCCAAAUUUAAAAAUUAACAUUUUCUUUUUGUAAAUUGUUGAUUCUAUCCAUCCAUUAUAUAUCAUUUUUGUCACUUUUCAUUCUUACACUAUACAAACUACUAUUACUAACUACUACUACUAUCAUCUUAUAUUUGUCUUCAUUAUUAUAACAUUUUCUUUAUACUUUUCACAUUCAUAAUUAUAACAUCCUUUAUACUAAAUAUUACCCUAAUUUUCUCAUCUUAUAUAUACCUCAUUCUCUUAUUUUUUUAUAUGUAUUAUCUUUCUAACGUAUUUAUUUUUUGCAUAUCAUUUUUCAUUCCUCUUUCCCAUUUCAAAUAUCUUAUGCAUUCAGGAGAGCGAGCAGAAUCAUGCCGAGUUUAGAAAAGGCACAGGAGAAGAAAGACGAAAAGACAAGUGGGAAGACACAAGUUUUUUUUUGUUAUUUAUUUGUAAUUUUUAUUUUAGUAGUAAUUUUUGUAAACGUUUUCAGAAAUUGAACCCACCCCAAGUAGCGCUAGAUAUUUAGAAAUUGGACUAUUUCAUAACAUAUCAAUAUAUACGAGUACAAUAAAAACUCCAGGUUUAAUUGUAUAUUUGUUUUAAAAAUUGUACAUAAGUAAUCUUUUGCAAGAACUAGUUAAGAAAAGUCAUAUAGACUAAAUAUAAAUAUAAUUUUUUUUUUUUUUUUUAGAAAAAAUAUACAUGAACUUGUUUGCAUGAAAAAAAUUAUGAUUAGACGUUUUUUGUAUUAACCCCUUCAAUAUUUACAGCAAUAUCCAAAAAUGUAUACUAUUCAAUUAAUUACAUUUGUGUAAUAUCAGGCUGUGGUUUUCUUGAUCUUUGUGAAAUAAAUAGAACGACUCCAGGACUCUCAAAACAUGUUUAUUUUUGUAGUCUCUGAAUGCUUAUUCAUAGUAACUAACUUGUUUUCUUGAUUUUUCUCACAUAUUUCAUUUUUACAGUGUUGUGUGAUUUUUCUUCAUUGAUUUUGGCUCUUCUUGAGGUGAUUGCAUCGAUCAGGGUUAUUAAAAUAAGCGCGCCACAAAUAUAUUCUUAAUAUAAAAGGUGGUUGUCUGUAUAUAAUUUUGAUAGUCUCAAAUUUAGAGAUUGUAUUAGAUAUAUUUUCUGGUCGCAACUGAACAAGGCAGCUGAAUUUGGUAAAUUCUUGGAACUUAACUCACAUUGUUUGUUAACUAAUUGUUAAAUGUAAGCUUGACAGUCACAUGAAGCUUACCAAGAAGUAGAAAAUAUGUACUAUCAAUGUUAAUCUCGGUGUUCACUUUUUUAAAGGUGGACUUAAAAAGCAUGUAAAUUUCUUCGAAGUAUUAGCUUAAGUUGAUUUUGCAUAGCUCUAAGUACAACAAAAUAUAUUAAAAACCAAGUCUAAAUUAUUUGGCUCAAAUUAUCAUAUAAUUGAAAUGUAUUGCUAUCUCACAAACCGUUGGUGAAACAGCGUUAGUUAAACGGGGAAAAAGUUGUAUUGUUUCGAAGCUCAAUCUGAGGACUUUUUGAAAACCAAAAUAUCAUGGACAAUUUUCGAGAUAUUUUUGAAAAUAGACAUUCUGUAGUGAAAUAAAGAAAUUAAUAAUUUGGUUUUUAUCGAAUUUAACCAACUUUUUGUUACCAACGGAUUACGAGAUAGCAAUACAUUUUAAUUAAAAAAUGGUCACCCUGUAUACAUUAAUAUCUUAGUAGGUAAAUGUUUAUGCCUGUUUAGUAGACUCUAUUGUCUCUUACGUUAAUUGUUUUCUAUGACAUAACGUAAACCUUUAUUGGCAUUUAAAUAAAGAGGUUCUUUAUAUGCAUUGUUAAACUAUUUUUAAAAUUAUUUAAAUAAAAUAGGAGUAUUGGAUGGAAUAAAGCAAUAAAUCGGUUUAGUUCUGUUUCGCAACGGAUGAAAUUACUAGAUACAAUUUAAUAAAACAAAAACUCACCUUUAGGUUAUAUUUUGAUGUACUUAGAUUUAUCUGAUUAAAAAUCUGUCCUCGCCACAAUCUCUGAUACACACAUAUUUGUGCGUGAUACAAAAAGGCUGUGCGAGAACAAAAAAAAAAUAUUUUGUAUCUUAUAAGUCAAAACUCACAUUGUGUUUGCUCUCUUUUAUAAAUAAAAAAAUAUUUAGAUGGUGCAAAGAGUAGAUUAAUAAAUUAUUUAAGUACA